UCAUAACGAGAUUUCUUUAGAGAAAGAGCGCAUGUGCAGUCGAGUCAGCUAUUUUCACAGAAUUUGAAGGCUCAACAUUUCCCAUAUUUUACAGAGAGAUGCAAUCAUGCCACCCAUGACUCUUUUUCUCAAGGAGGAUGUCACCAAGCUCUUUCAUAACAAGUUUGUUGUCAUCUUAGGAGAUUCCAUCCAGCGAGGGAUCUACAAGGAUCUUGUUGCUCUCCUGCAGGGGAAUGAAUACUUGUCAUCACAGGAUUUAAAGGCCAAGGGUGAGAAGAAUUUCAUGAAUGAUGUGCUUCUGGAAGGCGGUAAGAUGCAUAAUGGCAUCAACUACAGAGAAGUCAGACAGUACAGGACAGACUAUCAUCUCCUUAGGUUUUACUUCAUCACCAGAAUCCACAACAAAUACUGGGAGGAAAUCAUCUUGCCUGACCUGCAGGGGGAUCCUGUUCCUGAUGUUGUGAUCAUGAACUCCUGCCUGUGGGACGUCUCCCGUUAUGGCCAAUACAACAGUAUGAAGACCUUCAAGCGCAACAUAGAGACCACCUUCAGCAAGCUCAAUAGCAUCCUCCCGAUUGAGACACUCAUCAUGUGGAACACCGCCUUGCCGGUAGCUGAGGAAAUCAAAGGUGGGUUCUUGCUGCCUGAACUGCACGACCUGAGCAAGACCAUGCGCUAUGACGUCCUUCUUGGCAACUUCUAUGCAAAAGAGCUGGCAAAGUGCUACGAGAUAGAUGUCCUGGACUUGAACUAUUUCUUCCGUCACCAGAUGCAUAGGCAGGUCGGAGAUGGUGUGCACUGGAACUACGUAGCUCAUCGUAGGAUCACCAACUUGGUCCUGGCGCACAUCGCGGUGUCCUGGGGAGUCGGGUGUCCAAGGGGAAAAGACUCGUUGAAACUUCCCGAUAACCUCUACUAUGAUUUUGAGACAGACGACGAGAAGGCUUCUCAGAGGUCGUCAAAGCUGGGUGAUCGGAAGACGAAUUCACCUGCUUACAUAGAAACAAAGGAGAAUGAUGAUGACAGCAUCAAAAGUGAGAACAUGAAAGGGUUUGGCAAGGAUGAUGGUAGAUCUGGCUCGGUUCCUAAGCUCAGAAAUGAACAAGACGGCAGAAGAUCAAGAAGUCCACUUGAACAAGAUCGUCCACGAAGUUCAAGGAGUCCCCUUGAACGAGAUCGUCCUCCAAGUCGAUCGGAAAGUCGAGUUGAUCCUGUCAAGAGGCACCGAAGGGACAGAUCCCCUGUCCGUCAAAACACUCCGCCCCUUAGAGGAGGAGGCCUCUCGUCUGCUCUGGAGCUCAAGCCGAUAGACCUUGGCAAUAUUCCCAAGGAUACGGCACCGUUGAUGGGGUCCCCAGGACGUUCACUCAAAAGCACUUUACCCAGAGCCGGAGGUCGCUACCAGCCUUAUGCCCAUCCAAACAAUCCACAUGCCUAUCAAAACAACCAACCUUAUCACAUCCAACCUCAGAGCCAACCGCAAACAUGGUUUCCAAAUCAAUCCAUCACACCUCAACCUUACUAUCCUCAGGCCCAGUUCACACCAUACCCAAAUCCGCAACCCUACCCAUACUACCAACAAAAUGCUGGACAAUUCUGCAAUCCGUACAACGUUCAGAACCUGCAUUACGAUAACCGCAUGCGCCAACGGUUGGCCGCAGAGCGCAACAUGGAGGUUGUGAGGGGUCUCUUGAUGAACGAUGUGUACAGAUUGUAAUAAGCAAGCUCAGCAAAAAGUUAGCAUUAGUGAUUCCAGAGAAAAAGGUUCACUAUGUGCAUAAAAAGUGUUGUAAAAGACGGGACUGUGGCAUCCUCAUAGCUUUGAUUGUAUGUUUCAAUUGAGGCUGGGAGAAUUUAUUACUUUACUGAUCAUCCUUUUGUUUUACUCAUUUAAAGUUUGUUGUAAGGGUAAAAAUAAAGAAAAAACACAAGUGCAAACAUAAGCAAAACAUUUAUGUUUUUGUUGAGAUUGUCUGCUAUGUUGGGGAAAGUUUUUUUUUUGCCUCCAUGUUUUGUUGCAUGUUUUUUGCCACUGUGCAAAUAAUAUUGAAUUUACUUUUCUCUCCUGCUGUUGAAUUAGUUACAACUCAAAUGAUCAAAAUUAAGAUGCAAACAGUAAAACAUGUCAUUGUUUGAGUGCAUUAGAAUACAAACCUACAAAAUGUUUACCUAUUGAGUUUCCCUAGAAUUGGCAGUCAGUCGAAAAGAAGGCAUUGAACUUGCUAGCAUUUAACUUGAAAUGAUCUCCAAUCAUCAGGUUUUUAAAGUCCAAUGAAAAGCAUUUAUUUUGAAAGAUUGUGUUGAUUUUAUGUGUGAAAGUAACAUAAUACAUUAAACAACAGAGUGUUUGGUGUGUAUCAAGUUGCCAACCUCUCAGAGAGACAGAGAGAGAGAGAGAGAGAGUAGGUGCUUAUGGAUUACUUGCCUGAAGAGUUGUAAAGCCUGGGACCAUAAAGUGGCAUAGAUGAUAAUACUCAUUUCCUAUUUCCAUAGAAAGGUCAUGCCCUUUUGUAUGUUAAUUUUUAAGUAUCUUAAGUACAAAAAGUACAGGUAGUCUUGAGUUAAUUCCUAUCAUGAAAUUGCAUUUCAAAAGUCCUGAAUGUUUAAUCAUGUAGUGAUUAAAACAAGUUUGUUAUAAAGAUGUAUACAAAUGUCUUCUGGGGUUUUAUUUUAUGCUAGAUAAGAUUUUGAAAAGAUUUUAAAUGUUGCUGCAAAACCGUGUGCAGUGGAAGGGACCAACAUUUGCCUGUAUGGGUAUUCAACUUGUGUACAGAUAUCUCCCAUCUUUCUUUGCUUAUUACACAUGUAUUGCACACAUUUAUCAAAAUUUGUCAAUUGUAUGGGGAAUUUCAUUUCUCGUAUUAAAGGGAUAGUUGAGUUCUGUUGCAGAGGGCGCUACACAAAAUAUUUUUUUUGGGUGAGAUAAUGAAAAACUGAGUGUCAAAUUUGA